GAACCCGGAAACGCCUGAGCUGCACCGAGCUGGCAACAGCCACGGCGGCCGCGGCGGGAGGUGGCGGCGCUGCGGCUCGGCGGUCGCGGCGGACCCGGCCGGCUCGGCAGCCUGGGUCGCCCGGCGUGGCUGAGCCGCGGCCCCCUGUGCGGGCUGCCGGAGGAGCUGCGGGGAAGGCAAAUGAAGAGAAAACAAUGUCUGCCAACUUGAAAUACCUCUCCUUAGGGAUUUUGGUCUUUCAGACUACUAGCUUGGUUCUGACUAUGCGUUAUUCUAGGACUUUAAAAGAGGAAGGACCACGUUAUCUAUCUUCCACAGCAGUAGUUAUUGCUGAACUUUUGAAGAUAAUGGCAUGCAUUUUAUUGGUCUACAAAGAUAACAAAUGUAGUUUGAGAACACUGAAUCGAGUCCUGCAUGAUGAGAUUCUUAAUAAGCCAAUGGAAACUCUAAAACUUGCUAUUCCAUCAGGGAUAUACACUCUUCAGAAUAACUUGCUCUAUGUGGCUCUGUCAAAUCUAGAUGCAGCUACUUAUCAGGUCACAUAUCAGCUGAAAAUUCUUACAACAGCAUUAUUUUCUGUGUCUAUGCUUAGUAAAAAAUUAGGUGUGUACCAGUGGCUUUCCCUAUUAAUUUUGAUGACAGGAGUGGCUUUUGUUCAGUGGCCUUCAGAUUCUCAGGAGCUUGUUUCCAAGGAACUCUCAGCUGGCUCUCAAUUUGUAGGCCUCAUGGCAGUUCUCACAGCAUGUUUUUCAAGUGGCUUUGCUGGUGUUUACUUUGAGAAAAUCUUAAAGGAAACUAAACAAUCAGUAUGGAUAAGAAAUAUUCAGCUUGGUUUCUUUGGGAGUAUAUUUGGAUUAAUGGCUGUAUACAUUUAUGAUGGAGAAUUGGUAUCAAAGAAUGGAUUUUUUCAGGGAUAUAACCAGUUGACCUGGAUAGUAGUUGUUCUUCAGGCACUUGGAGGCCUUGUCGUGGCUGCUGUUAUUAAGUAUGCAGAUAAUAUUUUAAAAGGAUUUGCAACAUCUUUAUCAAUAAUAUUAUCAACACUGAUCUCCUAUUUUUGGCUACAAGAUUUUGUGCCAACCAGUGUCUUUUUCCUUGGAGCCAUCCUUGUAAUAACAGCUACUUUCUUAUAUGGUUAUGAUCCCAAGCCUGCAGGAAAUCCUACUAAAGCAUAGCCAAAAAUAUUAUGUAACUGGUUUUUCACGAUGGUGCACUAGAAAUAUCGACAUUAAUCUUGCAUGGAGGACUUCUAUAGAUUCUGUGAAGAUAUCAUCAUGCUAAAUUAGUUCCAAUUACUGAAAUGGUUUGACGGUUU